AUUUCUGACAAAAUUUAAGAUUCGAUUAGAACAGAUCCAUAUCUUGCCGGGGGGUAGCUGGGUUGAAUGUUUGGUGCACUUAAAGCGAGAGUGGUUGACCUAUGGGCAUUGCCGUGUCUUUAUACCAACUCGGACGAAAAGCAGAGUCAGCCACACGAACUUGCUCGCAACCUAUACCUACUGAUAAGUGCCUAAACGAAAACAGUUUCACUGACCUCGUUGUUUAUGCGGUGAAUCGAUUGUCUGUUCGUUUCUUUCUUUCCAGGAUCGAUAAAACCUUCGUCGCUUGAUUGCUCACUCAGCUCGCUCGACCGUCGCUGGUCUCGUCCGCCGGAGCUCCUUGGCCUAUGAGUUACCACCCGGUUCCUCCCGAUCCGUACGGCCCCCCGCCGCCGCUGCCGCCGCCUCCACCGGGGCCCUAUCCACCUCCGCCGCCUGGGUUCCCGCCUCCGCCACCGCCGCCUGGAUACCCGCCUCCGCCUCCGCUGCCGCCUCCUGGUGGAUACCAAGGUUACUUCGAUCCUCCGCCGCCUCCGCCUCCGCCGGGGCCUCCACAGGAGGAGGAGCGAGAUGAUUUCUACUGUGGUUGUACGAAUCUCAUUAAAGGAUGUUUGGCUGCACUCUGUUGCUGCUGCGUAUUGGAGGAGUGCUGCUUGUAGGCGAAUUCGCGUCCUUCGCAGUCGAGACUGCCUCCUUUAGACUAAGUCACUUCAAAUCUAGACGAAUUGUUAGACUUCUCGGACCCUCGAUCUGAAGCAGACGAUAAAGGGCUAAGAAUGGCUAGUGUAUUUUCGUCUGCUGUUUAGCAGCACUACCGUCUGGAAUCAAGGAUAAUGUCCUGUGCUUGUUUCUGAUAACACAUCCUUCUGUAUUCAUCUGAACCAUCUUCUUUUCUGCAGAAGAAAACAGAACCUGCAUUUAAAUCACACAUAAUUGCAAUGUACGAGAUGCUUAGUUUCAA